AUGGGGGCGUGCAAACCUCGGGGCAUGCGCACUGCGCGGAAGCUGCGCAACCGGCGGCGCGUGCAGAAGUGGGCGGACAAGCAGUACAAGAAGGCCCACCUGGGCACUCGCUGGAAAGCCAAUCCUUUCGGGGGCAGCUCCCACGCCAAGGGCAUUGUCGUCGAGAAACUCGGGAUCGAGGCCAAGCAGCCGAACUCUGCGAUUCGGAAGUGCGUGAGGGUGCAGCUGAUAAAGAACGGCAAAAAGAUAACAGCUUUUGUCCCGCGAGAUGGCUGUUUGAACUACAUCGACGAAAACGACGAAGUCCUCGUCGCUGGCUUCGGCCGCUCCGGCCACGCAGUCGGAGACAUUCCCGGAGUCCGAUUCAAAAUCGUCAAAGUCUCCGGAGUUUCCCUCCUCGCCCUCUUCAAGGAGAAAAAGGAGAAACCCAGGUCUUAA